CUUCAACAAUUUAGACAAAAACGAUCCCCAAUUUGAAAACAAAAACAGCAAAUUUAGCAACUCCCACACAAAUGUAUAAACUUUAAGCGUGGAAAAUGACUUCGCCCAAAAAGAAAGAUAAGAAUUCGAACGAGUUGGUUUGUAGCAGUGAUUCCGAGCGGGAAAAUGAUGAUCUGGCUAUGCUGAAAAUUGUUCUAAGGAAGCUAAAUGUCAACGAUCAGACGCUGCUCCAUCGCCAUGUUGGCCAUAUACCGGAUGCCCUUCAUAUGCUCUGGAGAUUGCAACAUCCACGUCUGAACUUUGAGUUAAUGCAACGGAAGCUGCAUGGAUCCGAUUUGGAAUUGUUUCUACAGGAAAUGAUUACGGAUAUUCCCAGCAUUAAAUUUCGCAGUGAGAGCUUGCAGGACGAAUUGAACAUCCUGGAACGGGCCAAUAUUAAACGUCUGCUGCACGUGAAAUGUUGUACGAUUACGUGGAAAAAUUCGACGAGCCAGAAGAAUACCAAAUUCCCUCAUUGGCCAUUUCUCGCACUGCCCAAAUUGAUGAGCAAUCUGACCGAUCUCGAUAUAUACUGCCCAGUGCAGGAUUGCUUUAUCGAUCAGUUUGCCAAAUUGGAAGCCCUGAAGAUCGCUGAAGAGAUUUCUAAACCAGCCAUGGACGCCAUUUACUUAAGUGGCGCACCAUUAAAGUGUUUGAAUCUAUCGGGUUCUCAUACAUAUCCCACAAGUUGCAUCUCACACUGCAAAUAUCUGAGCAACUUAUUCGUAAAUCUGGACACUUUUUUGGCCGGUCAAAAUGAGAUUCUCAAGCUGCCCAGUCUUACUGAACUGAAAAUCACUGAGAUUCGAGAAAACAAGGACACAACGAAAGCCCUAGCCAAUGUAGUGCAGACAAAAGGCAAUGAACUUGUGGGCAUUCAAAUUAAUUGCAUCUUUGAGGAUCAUAUCAAGUGCCUAAGUGAUUUGACUUUAAAUUGCUGUAUAAAUCUGACGGAACUGCAGUUAUCCAAUUGCAUAUUUGCCUAUCAGGAUAUAGUCAAGUUGUGUCUGCCCGUUGGCAUAACCUUUGCUCGAUUCACCAACUGUCCAGAUCUCACUGAUGAACAGCUCUUGGACUUCAUCAAGGCUAAUGCCGAAAUGGAAGAGCUUCUACUGGAUCAGUGCCCAGAACUGACGGAAGAUCUACUUCAUGGUGUUCUUAAAGUGCGCAGUAGUGGUAAUAAACAAGUGCACUUGUUGCUCAGAAUUGCGAAAAGUCCGAAUCUUUGGGAUACAUAUCAACAGAACUUAAAGUAUUGGAAACGAAAGGAAUCUAUUCUUAAAUUGGAAAGUUUGGAGAGUUCUGCCUCGGAGGACAUUGUGAUGCACUUUGAAAAUGAAAAUUUAUAACCUGCUUUUAAAGUGUGCUUUUAAAUGGCUUUCUUAGAACCCUUUUACAAAGUCUAAUAAACGCUUCUAUUGUAUUUAGU